GCCUCAGUGAAAAAGCAGUGGGCUUGGUUGCUUUGAGUGUCACUGAAAGACUGCAUUGCCUCUCAAAACGAAGAGCCCACACUCAAGAAUCAGCUGGAACCUGGCCGGCAACAGAGAACAGCAGUUCACUUGAGUGAAGAUAGGAAGCUGUUGUCUGAAUCAAGAUGUUUAAAAUUCGUAAAGCGAAGGAUGAGGAGCCAACUGCUCCAGGGCAGGUUAAAAUUAGAAAGAGGUCAAAGGUGCCUGGAGUCAUGAUCACCCAGUAUGUGGAAGAACUACCGCAAGGCAUGACCACCCCAGAUUUCACUCGGAAACCCAUCGCUAUAACUAUUCAAGAAGGGAAACAGGUGAUCUUCAGAGCGGUAAUUACUGGUAAUCCAACACCAACUGUGUCCUGGGUGAGAAAUAACGGGGAAAUUGAUGAAGAAAGGUACAAAAUCGUCCAAGAUAAAAAUUCUGGCGAACACCAGCUACAGAUGCCUGAUGUAACAGCGGAUCAAGCCGAUACCUACAAGUGUUAUGCCAGAAAUGAAUAUGGAAAAGCGGUUGUAACUGCUACACUGAAUGUUAUUGAGGUUGGCUAUAAGAAGAGCAGAGCCAUGCAAGAAUCAAGAACAGCCAUCCGAGAGGUGCCUGAGGACUUUAAAAAGGCCUUAAAAAAUAAGGUUGACAUGGAGGCAAAAGAAGAGAAGAAACGUGAAAUUGAUGAUAGCUUUUGGGAACUGUUGAUGAGUGCAGACAAGAAAGAUUAUGAGAGCAUCUGCAGUCAGUACGGUGUCACUGAUUUUCGUGGGAUGCUCACGAAACUAAACGCGAAGAAGUUCGAAAGGCAGCAAGAGCAAGAAAGGGUUGUUGAAAGGCUAUGCAACCUAAAGCCCAUUGAACUGAAAGACAGUGGAGAUGCAGAGUUUGAACUUGAAAUGUCACUGAAAGACCCCAGCAGCAAAAUCUUCUUAUUCAAGGAUGGAGUUAUGAUUCCUUUUGAUGCGGAGACAGAGGUAAAACAUGGACUGAGGCAAGUGGGAAAGAAGUUUGUGUUUAGCAUCAAUGGUGUUGAGCCGGAUGAUGCAGGAUUAUACCAGGUGGAGGUUGAUGGAGUUAAGAUCUUCUCAACAGACUUCAAACCUCCCCCAGUGGACUUCUUGGUCAAGAUUCAAGAUGUGAAAGCGGAGGAAAGAGAGGACGCUGUGUUUGAGUGUGUCGUCUCACAGCCCCUGAAAAAGAUUAAUUGGAUGGGAAAGAAUGUCCAACUGGAGCAGGGGGACAAAUACGACAUCCUUGUGUCAGAGGAUAUGCUGAUUCACACACUGGUGGUGAAGGACUGCAUGCCAUUGGACAAAGGAAUCUAUGCGGCUGUGACUGGACUUGUCUCCUGCAGUGCCUGGCUUAUAGUGGAAGUUGACAAUGACCCAAACUCACAUGGAAAGAAGAAAGCUCGCAAAACAACCAGAGCAGGUGGUGGUGGAGCUGAACUUUUGAAGAUUGCUCAGGAGCAAAAUGCUAAGGUACAAAAGGAGAGAGAAGAAUUGAUUGCAAAGGCAAAGGCAGAGGCAGAAGUUGCUGCUGCAGCUGCCGCUGCCGCUGCAGCUGAGAAAGCAGAAGCCGAAGCUAAAGCAAAGGCAGAAGCAGAAGCUAAAGCCAAAGCCAGAGCUGAAGCUAAGGCUAAAGCUAAAGCUAAAGCUAAGGUGAAACCAAAGGAAAAGGGAGAUGAGGGAGAUGAAAAGACGAAGACAAAGACAAAGACAAAGGCCAAGGUAAAGGCAAAGGCAAAGGCAAAAGGUGGAGAAGGGGCAGAAGGUGUAGAAGGUGAAGAAACAACCGCCGCUGAGGGAGAAGGCGAUGAAGAGGAUGAAGAAGAGUAUGAGGAAGAGUAUGAGGAAGAGGCUGAGGAAGAGGCUGAGGAAGAGGCUGAGGAAGGGGCUGAGGAAAAGUCAGCUGAGCCUGCAACAUCAGAACCCAAGCAGGAGGGAGAGGCCCCUACUGAAGUUGCUGAUGCUGAAGGAGAAGCGCCUGCUCAAGAGAAAAGAAAGAGAGUGAGAGCAGGCCCACUUGUCCCUGAAACAGUCAUUGACCCAGGAGUGUACUUCACCAGCGGACUGUCAGAUGUAGCUGCAAUCAUUGGUACUGAUGCAGAACUGGUCUGCAGGCUGAGCAGUGAGGAGUGUGAUGGAGUGUGGUACAAAGAUGGGAUAGAGAUAACAGCUACAGAGGAUAUCUGCAUUGUUAAAGAUGGGACUUAUCGCAAACUGAUCAUCAAAAACUGCAAAGAAGAGGAUGCUGGAAAGUACAAAUGUGAAGCUGAUGGCCGUAAAACAGAAGCUGCGCUAAGUGUUGAAGAUCCUCCAAGAAUUAAAUCUGAGGACCUCGAAGAGUUCAAAAAACCUGUUGUAAUCAAAACUGGGAAAGGGGCAGCCUUCGAGCUGUCUUUCAUUGGCCGGGAGCCCAUGAAGAUCCAGUGGUACAGCGAGGGCGAGGAGCUGUUGGAAGACACCCACACCAAAAUCGAGAAGUCCUCCUCACACACCCGCCUAGUGCUAACAAAGUGCCAUCGCAAAAUAUCAGGGGAAAUUAAGAUAAAGAUUAAGAAUGAAUGUGGAACAACUGAGGCCAUCUCACAGCUCCUUGUGUUGGAUAAACCAACACCACCCUUAGGCCCUGUGGAUAUCAUUGAAAGUUCUGCAAAUUGCAUUGACUUCAAAUGGAGGCCUCCCAAAGACAAUGGCGGUGCCCCAAUCACAGACUACAUCCUGGAGCGCCAGCAAAUUGGCCGAAACAGCUGGAAGAAACUGGGCAAGAUUGGCCCCGAGCCAAAAUACAAGGAUACCGACGUGGAUCAUGGAAGAAAGUACUGCUACCACAUCAGGGCGGAGACUGAGCAAGGCAUCAGUGAAAUGAUGGAGACUGAUGACAUUCAGGCAGGGACAAAGGCAUACCCUGGACCUCCUUCUACACCAAAAAUUGUCAGUGCUUUCAAAGACUGCAUCAAUCUUGCCUGGUCUGCACCCACUAACACCGGAGGAACCAACAUUCUGGGAUACAAUGUGGAGAAGCGCAAGAAUGGCAGUAAUCUGUGGGGCUUAGUAAAUCCACCCGAGGAGCCCAUCAGAGAGAAAAAGUACGCAGUGAAGGAUGUUGUUGAAGGCCUUGAGUAUGAGUUCCGUGUAUCAGCCAUCAACAUUUCUGGUGCCGGAGAGCCGAGUGCGCCUUCUGAAUUUGUGUUUGCAAGAGAUCCAAAGAAGCCUCCUGGUAAAGUUAUCGACCUGAAGGUGACCGACUCCACAUACACAACCUUAUCACUGGGCUGGAACAAACCCACAGAGGAGGAAGGGGUCCAAGAUGAGGCCAAAGGCUACUUUGUGGAGCUCAGACCAGCAGAAAACCCAGAAUGGGGUCGCUGUAACUCCAAUGCUAUCAUUAUGAACUCUUAUACCAUCAUGGGUCUGAAGUCCAUGGCCAUGUACUGGGUAAGAGUUGUAGCAACCAAUGAGGGUGGAGACGGUGAGCCUCAAGAGUUGCCCAACUACAUCAUUGCAAUGCCUCCUCCAGUGAGGCCUCACUUCACUGACAAAAAAAUGAAGAACUUUGUGGUGAUGAAAGCUGGGAACGCUGCUCGAGUCACCUUCAACUUUGAGGCCUCUCCAAUACCAACUAUCAGCUGGCUAAAGGACGGACUUCCUGUCGGCAAGCAUGUAACAAUGAGCAACACAGACACAUCGUCGCAGAUAAUGAUCCCCUCAGCAGAACGCCAAGACACGGGGAUCUACACAAUCAUUGUCAAGAACAUUGUUGGUCAGGAGACCUCGAGUGUUGAGAUAAGAGUCACAGAUGACCCCAAGCCUCCAGGCCCUGUGGAGCUGGAGGAGAACGUGUCAGGAACAGUGUCGAUCUCCUGGACUCCCUCUCCAGAUGAGAAGAAAGACGACAGGCUGCACUACAUGAUCACCAAACGCGACUCUGUGAAGCGCACCUGGCAAAUUGUGGCCGAUCAUCUCUUCAAUAACAAGUUCACAGUCAUCAAUAUCAUGCCAGGACGGCAGUAUAAGUUCCGGGUCUACACCAAGAAUGACAUGGGGGUCUCCAACCCGUCAGAGUCGGCAGUCUGGGAAGUGAAGAAAAGAAAAGAAACAUUUUCCGUGAGCCUUCCUCCCUCUAAAGACUGCAGCUUUGAGUCGCCUCCUUCAUUCUCUGUUCCACUAAAAAUGCGAAACAGUCCAGAGAGCUAUGAGUGCUACAUGAGCUGUGCGGUGACGGGAAACCCCAAACCCCAUGUUACCUGGUACAGAAAUAGCAUCAGCCUCAACACCAACACUAACUACUACAUCACUAACACAUGCGGGGUCUGCUCCAUGGUGAUACUCAAAGUUGGACCCAAGGACAGCGGGGACUACACAGUCAUUGCAGAGAACCCUCUGGGCAGAGUGGAGUGUUCAACUAAACUUGCUGUUAAAGACUAGGGUGAUGCAGUAAACUCCUGGAGAUGGCUGCUCCAUUUUAAAUGAAUGGGAAACAAAGGAUGUGCCAAUUUCUGAAACCUGCUUUUUUGUGAAUUAUUGUAUUAAUGUGUUUCAAUAAACUGUGAAGAAAAUAAAGGAUGAGAAAGAAGAGAGUAAUGAAGGAAUAGCUCCUGAUGUCAUCCACAAAUGCUCUAAAGCAACAAUAACAAAUGUGAUGAAUUCAAACUAGAUUUUGUUGUGUUUGAGUGCACAUUUUACUCAAUUUAUCUACUGGAUGCAAAGAGCAUUUUGACAAGAGACGUCCGAGAAUCAACAGUAAUUAUAUGCUAAUCUUGCACCCAAAUGUGUUUAUUCAUUGACCUAUUUUUCCCUGAGCUGUGAUUAGAGUUAGUUUCCUGUCUGCAGAAAAUCUGCUGGCUUCUGUGAUGUUACUACCUCAUGGAAAAUUGACGACAUGACAAUAUGGCUAUAACUGAGCAUGUCAGAGUGUCUAUGUAGUGUUUGAAUUAGUAAUCAGAAUGCCAAAUGUAAAUAAAUCUUUACUGAUCAACUGUGAUGUGCCCUACUUGCCUGUCUACAAAGGGAACUUGUAAUGCUUUUCUCUAUUUUGUGUGUUAUAUGUAGUGUCACAAUAAAGAACACUCUGAACACUUA